UGGCCUGAGGACGAGGCCUGCUUGCCUGGUUCUGCCGCUUUGCGAGGCCAGCAGAGCACCGCGCCAGCCUAGGCGAAGAGCAGCAGCUGCCCUCCCGAGCGUCGUCGCAGGAGCUCAACCCGAUGGCGCUAAGAAUACCUGCCAAGAGGCUCUUGCAGUGCGGCCGCUGUGUGACAGGCCCAUGCAAUAUCCGUGCGCAAGGCACCAGUGCAGCUGUGCAGAAGGAAAAAGAGGCAACACCCUCUGGGAAAGAAGCCAAAGCCCCAAGAGCCCAGUUUAACUGGCAAGAUGCUUUACAGCUGGAGAGGCGCCUCACACAGGAAGAAAUAAUGAUCCGGGACUCACUUCGCACCUAUUGUCAGGAAAAGCUCAUGCCUAGGAUCCUCAUGGCCAAUCGAAAUGAAGUCUUUCACCGGGAAAUUGUUUCAGAAAUGGGGGCGCUGGGCAUCCUGGGCCCUACCAUCAAAGGGUAUGGCUGUGCAGGAACCACUUAUGUGGCAUAUGGACUCAUGGCAAGGGAGAUUGAGAGGGUGGACAGUGGCUACCGUUCGGUAAUGAGCGUUCAAUCCUCUUUGGUGAUGCACCCUAUAUACGCAUAUGGGACAGAGGAGCAGAAGCAGAAAUACUUGCCACGCCUGGCUAAGGGAGAGUUGCUGGGCUGUUUUGGGCUUACAGAGCCCAACCAUGGGAGUGACCCCAGUAGCAUGGAGACCCGGGCUCAGUUCAACCCCUCCAAAAAGACCUACACACUCAAUGGCACCAAGACCUGGAUCACGAAUUCUCCAAUGGCUGACCUGUGUGUGGUGUGGGCUGUGUGUGAGGACGGCAGAGUGCGGGGUUUCCUCUUGGAGCGUGGAAUGAAAGGUCUCUCCACUCCGAAGAUUGAGGGCAAAUUUUCCCUUAGAGCCUCUAUCACUGGGAUGAUCGUUAUGGAGGAUGUGGAGGUGCCAGAAGACAACCUGCUACCCAGUGUGUCUGGACUCGCUGGUCCCUUUGGCUGCUUGAACAAUGCUCGCUAUGGCAUUGCAUGGGGAACAUUGGGAGCUGCUGAGUUCUGUAUGCAGACAGCUAGGCAGUACACUCUGGACAGAAUUCAGUUUAAAGUCCCCCUGGCAAGAAACCAGCUGAUCCAGAAGAAGCUGGCUGACAUGCUCACAGAGAUCACUAUUGGCUUACAAGCUUGUCUACAGUUGGGCCGUCUGAAAGAUGAAGACAAGGCAACUCCCGAGAUGAUUUCCAUGCUGAAACGGAAUUCCUGUGGGAAAGCCCUGGAGAUUGCUCGACAAGCCCGUGACAUGUUGGGAGGCAAUGGGAUCUCCGAUGAGUAUCAUGUUAUCAGGCAUGUCAUGAACCUGGAGGCUGUCAACACGUAUGAAGGGACCCAUGACAUCCAUGCGCUCAUCUUAGGCAAAGCUAUCACCGGACUUCAAGCUUUCACUGUUGGCAAAUGAAUGCAUUUCUGCAGGGUGCAGCUUUGCUCCUCAUGGCUCCAGUGUGGGAACAUCAGUGGAGUUGGUUUGUGAUGCCACAAUGGUUUUAAAAGCGGAGCGUGCCUAUUGCUGCUGACCAGACUGUGAUUAAACGUACUACUUCAGCUCAGCUCAAUUCUUAUUAUCCAAAAUUAGACUAUUUAAGAAUACAUAAUUCUCCACCAGAAGUCACAAAGAAGAAAAGCAUUAAGAUAACACACUGUUGCAAAGGAGCGCACCAUUAGGGUUUUUGAGUGUGGAUGGCAAGCAGAAUAGGUUAGAGCAGCCUUCCUCAACCUGGGGCGCUCCAGAUGUGUUGGACUGCACCUCCCAGAAUGCCCCAGCCAGCUGGCUGGGGCAUUCUGGGAGUUGUAGUCCAACACAUCUGAAGCGCUCCAGGUUGAGGAAGGCUGGGUUAGAGUAUAGGGGAAUAUAAAGUUCAAAAGCUGCGAAAUUUUCUGAGAGGCAAGCAGUAUUGGUGUGUAACUGGUGGAAUUUGACUAUUUACAGUUGAUUAUUUUGAACAGGCCUCUCCUGCUACAGGACCCAGAGCAACUGCCCCACCUGUGUGGGGUUCAUACCUGUAUGGAUAAUAUUUUUCAAAAUAAAAAAAAUCCUUGGAUUGAGUCUUUUGUGUAAGGCUUAACAGAAGCCCUGCAGCACAACCAAGCACUAAGACUGAAAAUCAGAAUUUGUUGCCCGCCCUGUAGUCAUCUAGCUAUGCGGCCUUAAACUGCUACGUUUCAGUGCCUUGUUUGCUACUGUGAAUUUUCGUUGACAUUUGAACAGAUAAUGGAGUGCUAAAUUGUUUCAGUUAGUGUUCUUUUGCACUUACAAUUAUGUUCCCUUCUCUUUCUUAAAGAAUAAAUUGAUAAAUUGUUGAUGUAUGUAUGUCAUGGCCAGGCCUGGAUAAGAACACCUGUGAUAGUCUAAAGCUCAUCUCAAACUGACUUGGGAAUACAGCCAUCUUCAUUUCAGUAAUUCCACAUGUAUUUGGAGCCCAUGUAGUUUCCUUUAAGCAGAUGUGUGAUUUCCCUUUUAGGAUAACAGGUGUUGGAGGGGCUAAUGGAUCUGCCUACCCCCCAAAAAAACCAGUGCCUUAGCUCAGCGUUCCCCAAUCUGGUACCCUUCAGACAUUUUGGAUUACAACUCCCAUCAGCCCCAGCCAACAUGGUCAAGGAUGCUGGGAGUUGAGAUCCAAAAUAUCUAGAGGAUAUCAGGUUGCAGAAUGCUGCCCUAGCUAUGUGGGAGCUGCUUUUUUAUAAAUCAAUUCAUUAGAAAUACUACAGCACUAAGCAGGAAGCAAUUAGAGAGCAGAAACGUGAAGGAAAAAGCUUCUACUUAAAGUCCUUGAUAGCGUUUUGCCAGAAAAUCCUCGGUAGUGUUUUGCCAGUUCACACAAGAUAGCUUUAUAAUUGAAAAAAAAAAUACAUUAAAAAUAGUGUCUGAACACAAUGAGCACAACAGGGUGGCAAUGAUGUUAUCUGGAUUCUCUCUUAAAAGUCUGUAAACGGCUAGUGCAGAAGCAGUCUUUGGCGGUGGCGGCUUUUUUAAUUCUAUUUGCGUUUGUUUAUUGUUUUAAUUGGAUUAUUUUUAUUGUAAACUGCUUUAAUAUUUUAAUAGAAAAGCGGUCUAUUUUAAAUAAAAGAAAUAAUUUUGCAAACUAGGUUGCGUAAGUCACAGCAGACUGAUGAUAACAGUCCCUUGGGGGAAGGAGACUGGGUUUACCAUGCCAGUCACUACUUGGAAUAACUGCUGAAUUAGAUGUUGCAGCUAUUUACAUACAAGUUUUAUCUUAUAUUAGUAGCUGCCGCUGUUACAAUGUAAGUGUCUAAAAAUGGUCUCUAUCCCAAUUUGUCCAUUUCAAUGGGAAUAAAAAAUGGCUUACAUUCUAUUCUUCUCUUUUCCAGACUGAUGCAAAUCAUAAAAUCGAACCUGUUACCUGCUGCAUAU